AUGGAGUAUGAAAUAUCGGAUCAGCAAAACAAGCGAAAACCAGCAGCUCCAUCCACCUCAGCUAUAAAAGGGUUGGUCGGCGAUGAAGAAGACAAAGACUGCUGCUCAAUAGAAUGCAUUGUUGCUGCACUUGAAACUGUACCUGGCAUGGAUGAUGAGCUCUUCUUGGAAGCUUCUCUUAUUCUAGAAGAUGAUGAUGAUAAGAAAGCCAAGAUGUUUGUGGCAAUGGAUGUUGCAGCUCGAAAGAAGAAGCUAUACAGAAAACUUCGCCAGUAG